CAGUGGCGUCAUUAUUACGCAGCGCUGCUCAGUGAGCGUGUUUGACUCAGCACACAGCACACGGGGUCUUACAGCCUGACGUGUUACCGUCCACAGCGCAUCAUCUCCAGGAUCAGUUGGUCGCUGCACCACCUCGACGAGCUCCAGCGACGACAUUUGAUAAACCAAAGGUGACCAGUACUACUGCGUGGAGAUGAGCUACGAUCAUCCUCCACCAUACACAGGGCCGGGUGCCCCUGCUCCAGGUUACCCUCCUGCCAGCGCUCCUGGCUACCCCGCUCAAGGCUUCCCGCCUCAGGGCUACCCCGCUCAGGGCUACCCCGCUCAAGCGCCGUACCCUAACUACCCUGCUGCUCCACCGGGGCCGUACCCCGCCCAACCUGGCUAUCAGGGCUAUCCAGUGCCUCCUCAACCUGGGUAUGGAGGACCGGCGUAUGGCGACGCUCCUAAAAGUACAGUGUACGUGGUGGAACAAGGUCAGCGGGACAGUUCGGGAGAGCAGGCGUGUCUGACCGCGUGCUGGACGGCCCUGUGCUGCUGCUGUCUCUGGGACAUGUUGACCUAAUCUGUCUUCAGCCACGCCCCUGAUCUGUGUAAAGACCUUUCUCCUCUGUAUUUAUGUAUGACUACUGCAAAAAUCACAGUCCGUUGAAAGAAAGAGCGAUAUGCGUGUUUGUGUGUUUCAGGGAUUUUAAAUGUUGUUUAAAUCCGGUUUGGAUUAUUUCUUUUCACAACUUCAAUAAAGUCAAUGCUAUGCACUGAGACAUUUAUUAUAGACAUGCACUCCUAGUUCUUAGACCUAUCGAAACUGAGCUGUUUUUUUUUUUUAAUUAUUAUUUUUAUUUUAUUUGAUGUAGCCACAAAGCGAAUACAUUGCUAGAAAUCAACUUGUCUACAGGUGUACUAAGGAAGGAUGAAGGUAGCUGAUUGAUGCAUGCUUUUUGUUGAGUUUAAUGUCAAGGGUUUAUGAGAGUUAAACUAUAGAGGAAAGUACUGUCAGAAUAAAACUUUGUACUAAUUAAUGUAUGCUAAAUAAAAGCCAGAGUUUCUCA